UUACUUCAGUAUAUGUUGUCGGCAUUUAGACGUCACUUGUAGGUAACUUCCUUUUCCGGUUGAAAGCCAUACUGAAUUGGCAAGAUGUUGAUGCCCAAAAAGAACCGAGUGCUUAUAUUUGAGUACUUGUUCAAAGAAGGUGUUUUGGUAGCAAAGAAAGAUUUUUCAGCUCCAAAACACCCAGAAAUUGAUGUCCCUAAUCUUCAUGUUAUUAAGGCAUUAACGUCUUUGAAGUCACAAGGAUACGUAAGAGAACAGUUUUCAUGGCGUCACUAUUACUGGUACCUAACAAAUGAAGGUAUCCAGUAUUUACGUGAUUAUCUCCACCUGCCAGCGGAAAUUGUGCCAGCCACUCUAAAGAGACAGACAAGACCCGAGACAGCCAGGCCAAGACCCAAAGGAUCAGAAGGACCCCGUGGUGCUCCUGGGGCUCAAGACCGGGCGGAAUACAGACGUACAGCUCCUGGAGGAGACAAGAAAGCUGAUGUGGGAGCUGGUGCAGAUCCAUCCUUCCAAUUUGUGAGUAGCUUGUGUACAAAGUUUAUCAUGCCGUGUAUUGAUAUGAGAUGGCAUGCCGUGUAUUGAUAUGAGAGUGUUCGCCCAGCAUGCGGAAGGCCGGGUUUCGAAUCCCGGCCGCAACAGACCUAAGUCGUUAUAACAGGUAGUGAUAGUUCCAUCGCCAAACGCUCAGCAUCAGGUGUGAAUGUCAUGGGUCCUCGGAGAUGACCUUAAAAAUGGAUGACCCGUGUCACAGUAGGUGUGGCACACUAAAGAACCCUCACUGCUCAAUGGCCGUAAGCGUUGAGCAUAGGUCUAAAUUUGAAGCCCUUCACCGAUCUUGGUGACGUCUCCAUAUGAGUGAAAAAUUCUUAAUCAAUCAAUCGAUAUGAGACAGAAUCACAAAUUAUACUGAAGUGGAAAGCCAGAAUGAUGUGUAGUUUGCAUGAUGUUAUUGAAAAAGAGUUAUGUAUACUGGAUAAUGUCUUUGAAAACUACAUCCUUAACUGUUAUUGUAAUUCAUCAAUAUAGAAAAGAAAAUCUUGAAAGGAGUUGGUAACUGCAAUUAGUGACAUACAUCAUUAAAAUGAAUACUUUAAAAAGAUCUGAAGCCUUGGGUUUGUUUUAUGUAGAUGAAAUAUAGAUACAACAGUUUUGGACAUGGAAGUGUAGUGUUAAUAGUGUAUCAAAAUUAUUCCCAUUAUCUCAUCAAACUGACACUGAACAGAAUGACGUGGAAAUUAUGUUGUUAUGGUUUGCUUUCAGUAAUUUCCUGCUUCUUGAUUAUUUCAGAGAGGAGGAUUUGGCAGAGGUCGGGGAUCUUCUUCAGCACCCCCUCCACAAUAAAAGGACAUGUGAUGUGUAUGUAAAGGGACAAUAAAUGUGAAACAAGUC